AUGGUCGUUGCGACAAUCAAGUGCGUCGUCGUCGGCGACGGUGCGGUCGGAAAGACAUGUCUUCUUAUCAGUUAUACCACCAACAAGUUUCCCUCGGAAUACGUUCCUACUGUCUUCGACAACUACGCCGUGACCGUCAUGAUCGGUGAUGAGCCAUACACCCUCGGUCUUUUCGAUACUGCCGGACAGGAAGAUUACGACCGCCUGCGACCUCUGUCAUACCCCCAAACCGACGUCUUUCUCGUCUGCUUCUCCGUAACUUCGCCCGCUUCCUUUGAGAACGUCCGCGAGAAAUGGUUUCCCGAAGUACAUCACCACUGCCCGGGCGUGCCCUGCCUUAUUGUCGGCACACAAGUAGAUCUUAGGGAGGACGCUGCAGUAAAAGACAAGCUCUCAAAACAGAGGAUGGCACCCGUGAAGAAGGAGGAUGGUGAAAAGAUGGCGCGAGAGCUGGGCGCGGUCAAGUACGUCGAGUGUUCGGCGUUGACUCAAUAUAAGCUCAAGGAUGUAUUUGAUGAGGCUAUCGUGGCAGCACUUGAACCACCAGCAGCGAAGAAAGAGGGCGGCGAGAGGAAGAAGGGCAAAAAAUGUAUUGUCCUCUGA